AUGGCCGACUCCCCGACACUCAGCAUUACGCUCCUUGGUGCCGGGCAAGAGGUUGGGAGAUCGUGUUGUGUGUUACGAUACAGAGGAAAGACCAUAGUCUGUGAUGCCGGCGUGCAUCCUGCUUAUACUGGGAUGGCAUCGCUGCCGUUCAUCGACGAAUUGGACUGGAGUACAGUCGACGCAAUUCUCAUUACUCAUUUUCACUUGGACCAUGCUGCGGCUUUGACCUACAUUAUGGAGAAGACAAAUUUCAGAGACGGGAAAGGCAAGGUAUAUAUGACGCAUCCUACGAAAGCCGUCCACAAAUUCAUGAUGCAAGAUUUCGUCCGUAUGAGCUCUUCGUCGUCCGAUGCACUCUUCACUCCACUCGAGAUGUCCAUGUCACUGUCUUCCAUAAUUCCCGUUUCGGCACAUCAACUCAUCCUGCCAUGUCCGGGCGUGUCGUUCACUCCAUAUCAUGCGGGUCAUGUUCUUGGAGCUUGUAUGUAUCUCAUAGACAUCGCCGGACUUAAGAUUCUGUAUACUGGCGACUAUUCCCGUGAAGAGGACCGCCACCUUGUCAAGGCUGAGGUUCCACCCAUCCGACCCGACGUCCUCAUCGUCGAGAGUACUUAUGGCGUGCAGACUUUAGAAGGAAGGGAAGAGAAGGAGCUGCGCUUUACGAGUCUCGUCCACUCGAUUAUACGACGUGGGGGCCAUGUUCUCUUGCCGGCAUUUGCUCUCGGUAGGGCUCAGGAGUUGCUUCUCAUCCUGGACGAGUAUUGGAAGAAGCAUCUGGAUCUACACAAUGUUCCGAUUUAUUACGCGUCGAACCUUGCAAGGAAGUGCAUGGCAGUGUAUCAGACCUACAUUCAUACGAUGAAUGCGAAUAUUCGCUCGAGGUUUGCAAAGCGCGAUAAUCCCUUUGUGUUCAAGCACAUAUCAAAUCUCCCCCAACCCCGAGGUUGGGAGCGAAAAAUCGCAGAAGGACCGCCCUGCGUGGUAUUGGCAAGUCCAGGUUUUCUGCAGACUGGACCCAGCCGUGAGCUUCUUGAGCUGUGGGCACCAGAUCCCCGGAACGGUCUCAUCGUCACAGGUUACUCUGUUGAGGGUACUUUAGCUCGGGAUAUCAUGAACGAACCUGAAGAAAUCGUAUCGCUGAAAGGGCACACUAUACCGCGGAAACUUUCAGUUGACUACAUAUCUUUCAGCGCUCACGUUGAUUAUUCACAAAAUUCGGAAUUCAUCGAACAAGUCAAGGCCCAACAUGUCGUUCUCGUCCACGGCGAAGCAACGGCUAUGGGUCGUUUACGUGCGGCCAUGGCAGCGCGGUUCAAAGAUCGAGAUGAGGACGUCAAGAUCCACACACCUCGUAAUCUUGAGGAACUAGAGUUAUCUUUCCGCGGAGAGCGGGUCGCCAAAGCGAUCGGCACUUUGGCAAGUAAGCCACCUCAAGAAAGUGACAUAAUUUCUGGAUUGCUCGUUUCAAAAGACUACUCUUAUACGUUGCUCGAUCCUAGGGAUCUACGCGACUUCGCUGGGCUUUCGACAUGCACGGUCACCCAGCGACAGAAGAUCGCUCUGGGUGUAGGCUGGGAUUUAGUGAGGUGGCACCUGGAAGGCAUGUUCGGAAAGGUAGAAGAGGGGUUCGAUAAGGAUGGUGUGCAAACACUGCGGGUGAUGGGAGUCGUGGAUCUAAAGCAUACCGCGGAACACGAGUUGACUCUUGAGUGGGAUUCAAGUGCCAGCAACGACAUGAUUGCUGAUUCGACAUUAACCCUCAUCACCGGUAUCGAUACGAGCCCGGCUUCUGUUAAACUAACCUCGCAACCAUGUGCACAUGCACAUCCUCAUGCAGACUCCAAGAACGAGUCGUCAUAUACACGAAUACAGAUUCUUGCCGAAUUCCUCGAAAACCAUUUCGGGGAAGUGGAACUGCACAUGCCAGAUGCAACUGGUGAAGGCGACCAACAUGACCACGGACACGAACAAGACGACAAUGCGGUGAAUCGCGAUCCCGCGCUGAUUCUUCGUGUGGAUGAGGCUGACGCACACAUCAACUUGGUCACUUUGGUUGUAACAUGCACUAGCGAGCCGCUCAGAAAGCGCAUCGAAGCCGUGCUUGAUAUGGCUGUUUCGACCAUCAGCUCCCUUACUGAGCUAUUCAAAACUAGCGUGCCUAUGGUGAAUGAAGAGGGGGCCGUUGAUAAGGCGAUGCAGAAGUAUCCUUCUCGGCAGCUUCCUGAGGAUGAGCCGAUGGCAAACGUAGAGUCGGAGACUCAGUCAUCACCGCAGAAUGUAGCAGCUCCGAGCGAGAGCGAGAACACAACAGAAGUCACUAUAGCAUAA